GUCGGCGCAAUUAAACGUUGACGUGUAUUUCGACUGGAAAACUCCUCUUCGCAGCAUCCAGUUGUAAAAGCCGACAGUUGGCUAAUAUUUAAACGCGUCUUGAACCACUCAAAGGACAUUUUGUGAUUUUAUUUGAUCGGCGGAAGAGUACGCGAGUCACUUACGAUGUCCGGAGAAAUUUCUAUGAUUGGUUCCGUCAUCCUGGCCCUGUUCCUGGCCGGGUACCUGGGCCAGCAGUACCUGCCGCCCCCCAAACCCAAAGUAAUCGGCCUGGAUCUGGGCACCACGUUCUGCUCCGUCGGGGUCUUCCAUCCGGGCAGCGGGGAGGUGGAGGUGAUCGCGGACGAGGAGGGCAGGAGGAGCAUCCCCUCCGCCGUCUCCUUCACCGCCACCGCGGUGCUGGCCGGACACGAAGCCCUGGAGCUGGCCGACGACAACCCGCAGAACACCGUCUACGACGCCAAGAGGUUCAUUGGGAAAAUAUUUGAGCCGGGGGUCCUGGAGCAGGAGAGUGCUCGGUACCCGUUUAAGGUGAUUAACAAUAAUGGAAGCGCAGAGUUUCUGCUCUCCACCAACCACACCUUCACCGUGAGCCCAGAGUUCAUCGGCUCCAGGCUGCUGCUGAAGAUGAGGAAGAUGGCCGAGCGGCACCUCGACGCGCGCAUCCAGAAAGCCGUCAUCUCGGUGCCCGCGGAGUUCGACGAGCGGCAGAGGAACUUCACCGUCCGGGCCGCCAACCUUGCCGGCCUGGAGAUCCUGCGUGUGAUCAAUGAGCCCACGGCCGCGGCCAUGGCCUACGGCCUGCACAAGGUGGACGUGUCCAACGUUCUGGUGAUCGACCUCGGGGGAGGGACCCUGGAUGUUUCUCUGCUCAACAAACAGGGCGGGAUGUUCUUCACCAGAGCCAUGGCAGGGAAUAACAAGCUGGGAGGUCAAGACUUCAGUCAGAGGCUGCUCCAGUACACCAUCGAGCGAGCGCAACAGGAGUUCGGCGUGCCGCCCGCUCUCAAAGAGGACAUCCACCGUCUCCGGCAGGCUGUGGAAGCCGCCAAGCUCAACCUCACCCUGCAAGCCAGCGCCACCGUCAGCGUGCCGCUGCGCCUCGGCGCCCCCGCCGGCUCCGAGGCCGCCGCCGCUCCGGUUCUCUUCCGGGCCGCGAUCACCCGCCAGCUGUUUGAGGAGCUCAACGAGGACCUCUUCCAGAAGAUCCUGGCCCCCGUGGAGACGGUGCUGGCCGAGGGCCGCCUGGAGAAAGCCGACGUGGACGAGAUCGUUCUGGUCGGAGGGUCCACCAGGAUCCCGCGCAUCAGGAGGCUGAUCAGCGAGUACUUCGGGAAGGACCCAAACACGUCGGUGGACCCCGACCUGGCCGUGGUCACCGGCGUGGCCUUGCAGGCCGGCAUCAUGGGGGGCUCGUGGCCUCUGCAAGUGAGCGCUAUAGAAAUCCCCAACAGACACCUGCUCAAGAGAAACUUCAGCUGAUCUUUAGAAAGAUUAUUCGCUUUCUAUUAUUCCCGUCUGUUUCCUGCUGCUCUUUGUGUGCGGAUAAAACAUUCGCUGAAGUGAGAAAAACUGCCAACAAAAGACUCUGUGACCUUUUUGAAAGAAGACUUUUGAACAUCUCAUGUUUCCCUUUCUCGUUCAUGAGAGGCAGAACAACACUUGAUCCCGUUUUUAAAACUCCAGCAUUCCUCUCGGACCGGUAACGGCUGCUGAAGGGUCAGUUUUCGCUUUUAACGUCCAAGCUGCUUUAGUUAAAAAGCCUUUUUCUUAGACCCAGCGGCAUAUUAAAGUAAUGUGAAAUGACGCCUGUGAGCUGAUCCAUUCAGCUGCAGUGAGGAUGCUCAUUCGUGGUCAUAACUUGAAUGCUGCUCAAUUCAGGGAACAGACUUUCAGAAUAGCCAUCUUCAUCUGUUUUUAUUUAUUUAUUUAAUCCUAUUGUCGCCGUGUGUUUUGCAGGAAUUUGAUGUAUUUUUACAUCCUUCCAUCACAGGUCGGCGUAAAGCGUCGUACCCGUAAGCUGCUGCUGCUUGAAUCAAAGCGUCCAACGAGUUUGUCAGGCAGAAGUGCCCAUAAAGAAACUCCAAACAUUCCCUGCAUUGAUCCCAGGUCAUUAAAAAAAAAAAGUAUUGUGUGGAAUCUUCAACUAAGAGAUGAUGGUGCACGGUGUAGAAAGCCUUCAUGGUGUCACAGUACUGUUCAGCCUUCCAUCUUCCCAGAAAUCAGACUGCAUUAAGCUGCACUUUGAGGACUUCCACUUGGCCAACUUUGUGUGCAAUAAUGUGCUUUUAUUUAGAUGGCAGAGAGUUAUACUUACUGUGUGCUUACUGGUGCCUUGUUAUUCAAUAUAAAAAAAAGUGUGUUAGUCACAUUUAUAGAUAUAAGGGUUGAUUAUUUAUAAUUUCGGUAAACUAGUUCAUCUAGUAUAAAAAUUGAUCUCCACUUUCUUUGAAAAACCCAGAACAGUCCAAUAAAAUGUUUCAAAGAACUCAAGUCAUCUACCUUCAACUUCCUGUUUUUUUUCUUCUACAAAUAAAUACUUUAAGGUUUUGUACAUUUUUGACCUGCAUAGUCCAGAAACAGGUGGCGAGUCCACAGUACCUUUAAACAAAGAGGCGGUUGUUCGCUCAGACUCAUGAAUCAAACCAUUAAUAGAUUUUUAAUGUUUAUUUCCGAGGCACAAGUCCCAAAUAAAAACAAAGCAAUACACUUCCUGACCCUGUAGCUUCCA